GUGGUCUCAGUGCUCCCGGAAAAAAUGAAUCACUUUGGGUUCUACUCCUCCGAAAUUUUAAUUCCAGUAGAUUGCAGUGGUUUGGAUUGACCGGCAAUGCAUGCUAUAGUGAUAUGUUUUCUGGCGAUUUCUAUUCAGUUGGUGUCUCCCGCUUAUUAUGACAGCUUCGAAGAUUACUACGAUAUGGUAGUAGGCAACAUUACCUACACUCAAAACUAUGUUUUGUCUCAAGAGAAUAGCGAACUGGCGAAUGUGACUGAUUCUCACCUCUAUGAUUAUGGAGUUUACGAUUUCAUAAUAGUAGGGGGCGGUUCGGCUGGGGCAGUCCUGGCAAACCGCUUAUCAGAAAUUUACACCUGGAGGGUAUUGCUAUUGGAAGCCGGAGGAGAUGACAAUGACUUUACCAUAAUUCCAACCAUGGGAAACUAUUUGGCCAAUUCUGAAAUGAACUGGGCAUAUUCCACCACACCUCAAGAAAAUAUCUGCCAAGGAUUGGGAAAUGAGAAUCGCUGUCCUCAUCCCGCGGGAAAGGUAAUCGGAGGCACAAGCUCCACCAACGGAUUAGUUUACACCAGAGGCAAUCCCGUAAAUUUUGACCAAUGGGCAGAACUGGGCAACGCCGGAUGGUCGUAUGAAGAUUUAUUGCCGUACUUCAAAAAAUCUGAAAACGUCGCUUUUGGAGUCAAGGAAGAUGAUUAUCAUGGCACAGCAGGUUUUUUGUCAGUCGACGUAACCAGCGAGACGCCCGGAUUGCAACCUGCCGUAUUUGAAGCAUUCGAGGAGCUUGGCGUAGAGGAAACGGAUUACAAUGGGAAACAACAGCUAGGAAUUGGAAAAACUCAGUAUACACUAAAUUACAAUAAAAGAGCCAGCACUGCCAGAGCUUUCCUAGAUCCCGUAUUGUAUAGGACUAACUUAGCAGUCAGUCUGCGCAGUUUCAUCACUAAGUUACACAUCAACACUUUUUCUAAACGGGUGUACGCCGUGGAAUUUGUUAAAAACGGAAAGCGCUUUAUCACUAGGGCAAGAAAAGAAGUGAUUCUAUCAGCAGGGGUGAUCGGUUCGCCGCAGAUACUGAUGUUGUCCGGAAUCGGACCGAGAGAUCAUUUGAAUGAGUUGGGCAUUGAUGUUAUCGAAGACUUACCAGUUGGCUCGACAUUUCAGGAUCAAGUGAUUUUCAGCACUUUAGUCUACAGGACCAACCGGACAUUUUUUAAUAUCACCUUUAAAGAUCAAUUGGAGCUUUACGUACAGAACAAACGACCUCUGACGGGCCAUUCCGAAAUUUUGGCUUUCAUAAAUUUAAACGAAACAAUUACCAGCCGUCCAGAUAUCGAGAUAAUUAUUGCUGUGACAGCACCAACGCUUAACGACACUAUUUCCCCUGAUUUGGACGUUCUGCACGACAUCCAGUUCGUAAUUUGCUUAGUGAACCCCAUCUCGAAAGGAACGCUGCGACUUCAGUCCAGAAGUCCUAUUGACAGACCAUUGAUAAACCCAAACUAUUUAAACGAUCCGGAAGGUCAAGACCUGGCCACUCUUCUAAAAGGCCUCAAGUACGUGUUGCGACUGAACGAGACGAAAGCGUUCCGGGAGUUCCGAGCUUGGGUGGACCAUCCUCCAGCAGAACCAUGCGACGGGCAAUUCGAACGAUUCUCUGACGAUUGGUGGUACUGCGCCAUCAAAAAUUUUGGCUCAUCGACUUAUCAUUCAAUAGGCACGACGCGAAUGGGAAACUCCACGGAAUCAUCAGUGGUGAACUCCAGGCUAAAAGUCCAUGGAAUUAACGGUCUGAGGGUUGUCGAUGCUGGAGUGAUGCCUGUAAUGAUUUCCGGGCAUACGAACGCAGCUACGAUAAUGGUCGCAGAGAAAGCUGCCGAUAUGAUAAAAGAAGAUUACAACUUUGUUUAACUUAUUAUCAAUUAUACCUUUUAUUGUUAAUGUUAGUUUAAAAACAGAAGAAAUAUGCUUAUUUCAAUGCCAAAAUAUAAAAUCUCCAAAUCUGAUUUUGCUUUCUGUAAAUACUAUAUAUCUCUACUGUGGUUGAACGUUCUUGUGGUUAAUGGUUAAUAAAAUA